CGCUCCCCGCGGCAGGGCGCGGAGUCCUGGGGAUUGCGAUGCUGGUGGCGGCGGCAGCCGAUCGGAACAAGGAUCCCAUCCUGCGGGUGCUGCAGCAGUAUGUGGACCCGGCUCAGCACGGCGUCCGCGUCCUCGAGGUGGCCUCGGGCUCCGGCCAGCACGCAGCCCACUUCGCCCGGGCCUUCCCCCACGCCGAGUGGCAGCCGUCGGACGUGGACCAGCGCUGCCUGGACAGCAUCUCGGCCACCAUACAGGCCCAGGGGCUGACGAAUGUGAAGGCCCCGCUGUACCUGGACGUGACCUGGGGCUGGGAGCAGUGGGGCGGCACUGGGCCGCAGUCCCUGGACCUGCUGCUUUGCAUCAAUAUGAUCCACAUUAGCCCUCUGGGCUGCACCAAGGGGCUGUUCAAAGCAGCCGGGCACCUGCUGAAGCCCAAGGCGCUGCUGAUCACCUAUGGGCAACCAUCCACUCUCUACCCUCCUGCUCAGCCUCCCUCUCCUCUGAGCUGGGGACACACCACCACCACAGCCUGUGCCCCGCACCCCGUCCGAGGCAGCCCGGGCAGGUGGGUGGCAGCAGAGCUAUAUCUCUUGUCCCUGCAGCCCUAUGCCAUAAAUGGGAAGAUCUCCCCUCAGAGCAACGUGGACUUUGACCUAACCCUCAGAUGCAGGAACCCAGAAUGGGGGCUGCGGGACACAGCUCUCCUGGAAGACCUGGGCCAGGCCAGCGGCCUGCUCCUGGAGAGGAUGGUAGGGGCUGAGGGUCUCAGGGUGUGGGUGGGCCUCAGGACUUGGAGAGGCUCUUCCCAGCCAGCAUUCUCCUCAGGUGGACAUGCCAGCCAACAACAAGUGCCUGAUCUUCCGGAAAGAGUGACUCCCCUCCCUCCCACACUCCUUCACCCCUGGACCGUUGGCUACUCCCUGGGCAGAGCCUUGGGUCUCCUAGCCCUGCUCAGUCAGGGGGCUCUUGGCCAGUGGUCCCAGCCUGCCUCAGAAUAAAGUGUAUCCUGCUUCCCA